CUCUCUUCCUCUUUCUCUCUCUUCCUCUUUCUCUCUCUCUCUCUCUCUCUCUCUCUAUCCAAGAUUUGCACCUACCUUUCAAACUCUUCGCCAAAAACUGCUGCACAAAACCAUCACCGGUUUUCCGACAUACAAAUCUCAGACCAGACACCGAUCCGCUCCUCUCUCUCCCCCUCUAGGGUUUCAUCGCCUCUUCCUUGCAGUAGAUGAAACCCUCAAGACAACAAUAGAGAGGAACAUUUUGAUUAAAAAAAAAAACAAUAAGAUCGGAGGAAGAUUAAAGGGUUUGCUUUCAGUAACCAGUGUAAGGAAAGAGAUGUUCGAGCCAAAUAUGUUGCUUGCGGCUAUAAACAACUCCGAUAGCAAUAACCACAAUUACAACCAUGAAGACAAUAACAAUAACAACGAAGGAUUCCUUCGGGACGAUGAGUUCGACAGUGCGAAUACGAAAUCUGGAAGUGAGAAUCAAGAAGGAGGCUCAGGUAACGAUCAAGAUCCUCAUCACCCUAAUAAAAAGAAACGAUAUCAUCGACACACCCAACUUCAGAUCCAGGAGAUGGAAGCAUUCUUCAAAGAGUGUCCACACCCAGAUGACAAGCAAAGGAAACAACUUAGCCGUGAAUUGGGUUUGGAACCUCUUCAGGUCAAAUUCUGGUUCCAGAACAAACGCACCCAAAUGAAGAAUCAUCACGAGCGGCACGAGAACUCGCAUCUAAGGGCGGAAAACGAAAAGCUUCGAGGAGACAACCUAAGAUAUCGAGAGGCUCUUGCAAACGCUUCAUGUCCUAAUUGUGGUGGUCCAACGGCUAUUGGAGAAAUGUCCUUCGACGAACAUCAACUCCGUCUCGAAAAUGCUCGAUUAAGAGAAGAGAUCGACCGAAUAUCCGCGAUCGCAGCCAAAUACGUAGGCAAGCCAGUCUCAAACUAUCCUCUUAUGUCUCCUCCUCCUCUUCCACCACGUCCUCUAGAACUCGCCAUGGGAAAUCUUGGAGGUGAUGUUUAUGGAAACAACCCAACCGAUCUCUUCAAGUCCAUCUCUGCACCAACAGAAUCUGAUAAACCGGUGAUCAUCGACUUAGCCGUGGCUGCAAUGGAAGAGCUCAUGAGGAUGGCUCAAGUGGACGAGACUUUGUGGAAAAGUUUGGUUUUAGAUGAAGAAGAAUAUACACGGACUUUCCCUAGAGGGAUCGGACCUAAACCGGCUGGAUUUAGAACCGAAGCGUCACGAGAAAGCGCCGUUGUGAUCAUGAAUCAUGUUAACAUUGUUGAGAUUCUCAUGGAUGUGAAUCAAUGGUCGAUGGUUUUUGCGGGGAUGGUUUCUAGAGCGAUGACAUUAGCUGUUUUAUCGACUGGAGUUGCAGGAAACUAUAACGGAGCUCUUCAAGUGAUGACUGCAGAGUUUCAAGUUCCAUCACCGUUAGUACCGACCCGUGAAACCUAUUUCGCACGUUACUGUAAGCAACAAGCAGAUGGUUCGUGGGCGGUUGUGGAUAUUUCCUUGGAUAGUCUCCAACCGAAUCCCCCGGUUAGAUGCAGAAGGCGAGCCUCGGGAUGUUUGAUUCAAGAAAUGCCAAAUGGAUACUCUAAGGUGACUUGGGUGGAGCAUGUGGAAGUUGAGGACAGAGGAGUUCAUAACUUAUAUAAACACAUGGUUAGUACUGGUCACGCCUUUGGUGCUAAGCGCUGGGUAGCGAUUCUUGACCGCCAAUGCGAGCGGUUAGCUAGCGUUAUGGCUACAAAUAUUUCAACAGGAGAAGUUGGAGUGAUAACUAACCAAGAAGGGAGGAGGAGUAUGCUGAAAUUGGCGGAGCGGAUGGUUAUAAGCUUUUGUGCAGGAGUGAGUGCUUCAACAGCUCACACGUGGACUACACUGUCAGGUACAGGAGCUGAAGAUGUUAGAGUGAUGACUAGGAAGAGUGUGGAUGAUCGAGGAAGGCCUCCGGGUAUUGUUCUUAGUGCAGCCACUUCCUUUUGGAUCCCUGUUCCUCCUAAGCGUGUCUUCGACUUCCUCAGAGAUGAGAAUUCAAGAAAUGAGUGGGAUAUUCUGUCAAAUGGAGGAGUUGUGCAAGAAAUGGCACAUAUUGCUAAUGGGAGGGAUACCGGAAACUGCGUUUCUCUUCUCCGCGUAAAUAGUGCAAAUUCUAGCCAGAGCAAUAUGCUGAUUCUACAAGAGAGCUGCACCGAUCCUACAGCUUCCUUUGUGAUCUAUGCCCCUGUUGAUAUUGUAGCGAUGAACAUAGUGCUUAAUGGAGGCGAUCCAGACUAUGUGGCUCUGCUUCCAUCGGGUUUUGCUAUUCUUCCUGAUGGUAAUGCCAAUGGUGGAGCCUCUGGAGGAGAUGGAGGGUCGCUCUUGACCGUUGCUUUUCAGAUUCUGGUUGACUCGGUUCCUACUGCUAAGCUCUCUCUUGGCUCUGUUGCAACUGUUAACAAUCUAAUCGCUUGCACUGUUGAGAGGAUCAAAGCUUCCAUGUCUUGUGAGACUGCUUGAUAAAACCCACCCAUUAGGAAAUAAUAUAAUGUAAACGAAGACAAAAGAAAAGAUUUCGGUUUGAAGAGAGCUUUUUUUUGGGUGUUUAAGUGAAAAGAUUGAAAAAGAAAAGCGGAGGAGUCAAGAGCGAACCUCACAAGAUAUACCAUUUGAGUAAUGAAUGUUAUGUUGUUGUGCAGUAGUGUUAAGUUUUGCUCUGCUUAUUUGUUGAAACUAAGCAGUGAAAAACUUUUUACUUGAUAAGUGAAAAUGCAAAAAUGGUUUUACGGGGUUCGGGAAUUGACUUCCCCUGCAACAUACUGAAGUAGAAAAGUUAAAAGAAAAAAACAUAGGUCAGAAGAAGUGCUUUGAACUUUUGUUUGCUUGUUUGUGUUACAGUUGUGUUUCUUCUUUCUUUCUUGUGGUUAGAUGGAACCUGAAGUUCCUCUUUUCUUUUUGGGUUUCGUUUAUCAUAUAUCUUAGUGUAUUUUCUGCUGCUUUUUCAC